GUUUUCUCCGAAUAACCAGCGUCUGCAGCUGUACAUUCUCGAGCUGUAACUCAUGAUUAUUUUCAAACGUUUCGCUAAGUCCAGAUCUCGAGCUCCGCAAUAUGCCGUGAGCGCUCAUGAUCUUCUCUCACGAUGAUGGCGGACAUGACACAUUGCUGCGCACUCAAACCACUCACUGCGUGGGCACUUCUACGAUGGCAAGAGCCCAUGUGUUUGUCGAAGCCCUUGCACUACGGAGCAGCAACACAACCCCGCAGGAAAUCAGCUCGUCACGCCUAUUUCAAUGGUCAAACUGCUGUCAAAAUUCAAUGGAUCCUCAAAAUCGAUAUGGAGUACGAAGAUCAGGGUGAAAUUUCGAAGACAGUUGCUGUUGUUUGCACCUUUGUUACAGAUGAUAACAUGCCACCAUUCCCAUGGGAUUUACGGUCCGUCUCGUACCUAUCAACACUAAUUCUGUGUCUUACUGCAUGCUGCUAGGGGUGACAGUAGCCCACAAUCAUUGGACAUGGACGUCAAUCUCGACGAGAAGCCUGGCUGACGAGCAGGAG